UGAACAUUGUGGCUAAAUAUGCAGUAAUAAUGAAAUGGUAGGCGAGCAAUAUCCAAACUGACGGAUUGCAUCUGCUGACAUUGUAAGGUGUACAGCCAGGAAACUUUUCUGUCCCAUAAGACCUAUUAAGCUGAGGAGCUGUCAGAUUCAGAAAAGCUGACAAAUAAAAAUAAAAAUGAUGAGCCGGGUGGCUCUUUCCACAUGUAAGUGCUAUAUAGGUACCAAGAAUAUUGGUCCCACUAGUCAAUUAUUUAUCAAAUAAAGUACAUACUCUGAUAGAAUGGGAUUUUGGACACAGAAAAAGUUUGGCUAAAAGAAAUGUGAUUGUUUUUUUUUAAUUCAGGGUAAUGGAAAAAAAGUGCUUUUUAUGCUGUUUUUGAGCGUGCAAAGCGAGAUGUGAUUACCGAGAAGAAGUCACAUUUUCAUUUUGAACAUCAGUCAUUUAUUGCUAAAUUAAGUAUUUAUUUGAAUACAUAAUACUGUAUUUAGUUAUUAUAUACAUGAAUAUAUAAAAAAAAAAAAAAUUCUAAAAUAUCUACCAGACUCUAGUGUUGUUAUCUGUGACACUGUGACUGAGUGUUCGAAAUGACCAAAUCUUGUCAGGUGAAGUGAACCUCUAUCCCCUGCCGAGUGUGUAAGGUGCUGAACAGUAAGUAAAGUCCCUGUGAAUCAGAAUGCAGCUAAAUAAUGUUUUUUAAAACAGGUUUCAGAAAACUCCCCUGUCAGCCAUUGUUCCAACCCUAAAGUCACACCACAAAGUGACGAUGUUUACACUUUCUGUGGGAAUCAGCCUACGAAUGGUUUUCUUGUUGUUGUCUCUGUGUUUAAAGUUGGGAUAGGAGGAAGUAUUUGGGUUUUUAAAAAUAUAUUUAACAUUGUUUGCUAAUAAUGCUGAUUGUUCUGUCUUGUUGUGUGGUUUUUAUUUCUGACAUGCUCAGAAAGUCCCACUGUUACAUCUCUUGUUUUUUUGUCAGCAGCUUUGAAAAGCAGCGCAAUAGGCAGCCCGCAUGGAACGAGCAGGAAGCAUCCAACUUGAUAUUCCGGACUUCAGCAACUCCGUCCUGUCGCAUCUGAACCAGUUGCGAAUACAGGGCCGUCUAUGUGAUAUCGUGGUCAAUGUUCAGGGCCACAGUUUUCGUGCCCACAAGGUGGUCCUCGCCGCCAGCUCCCCCUACUUCAGGGACCACAUGUCACUGAGCGACAUGAGCACCGUCUCCAUAUCAGUGAUCCGCAACCCAACCGUGUUCGAGCAACUCCUUUCAUUUUGCUACACAGGACGCUUGUGCUUGCAGCUCGCCGAUAUCAUCAGCUACCUGACGGCUGCCAGCUUCCUUCAGAUGCAGCACAUUAUUGACCGUUGCACCCAGAUUUUAGAGGGAAUCCACUUUAAGAUCAGUUUGUCAGAUGUGGAAGAGGAGCUUGGGAACGGGGCCCACAGGACCGCCAACCAAACCUUUGAGUCAGGAAGAGGUGGGACCGGGCUUGGUGGGUCCCGCUCCCUAAGUCCCAGACAUACCAGUUCCCGAUUGAUUGGCAACACUGGGGUGAUCAACAUCCGUGAUGUGAGGGAAGUCAGAGAGAUCAGUCCCCCUGGGGAGUCCAUGAGCCCCCAGAUAGUGGAGCACAGUGGCAUUGGCUCGGAGGAGGUGGGAACUGGGAAAGAGCCCAUUCUCCGUAUUAACCGAGCCGGGCAGUGGUAUGUCGAGACGGGGACUGAGGUGGAGAGAGGCGGAGAGGAGAACGUGCGGAUGGUGGAUGGGUUUCGGAUUAAGACGGAAAGGAUGGAUGAGUGGAUGGGGGCGGAGACCCAGGCAUCGGCGGAGGAGGGCAGUGGGGCAGAGGAGGGGCCGACGGUGAUGAUUGACACCUCAGGACGUAGCACACUGGUUCAGGAAGGAGGAAGGGGUGGGAAAAGCUCCCAGCCGUCCAGUAGCUUCAGCGAAACAGAGAGGUUUAGUCCAACAGGAAGUGUGGUUGUGAUGGCUGAUCGCCAGAGAGCCAAGAGUGAGUCUCCAGGAAGAGCUGACGAUCAGAGACACCCUACCUCACAGGGAGAGGAACAAGCCGUGUUUGACAUGGGGGGAUAUGAGGAGUACUUACGAGAACAGGUAGGUGACCGGUGGUUCCGCUACAACCCCCGUCUCACCUGCAUUUACUGCUGCAAGUCCUUCAACCAGAAGGGCAGCCUAGAUCGCCACAUGCGCCUGCACAUGGGCAUUACCCCCUUCGUUUGCCGAAUCUGCGGGAAGAAGUACACCCGCAAGGACCAACUCGAGUACCACAUCCGUAAGCACACAGGAAACAAGCCCUUCCAUUGCCACGUCUGUGGCAAGAGCUUCCCUUUCCAGGCAAUCCUCAACCAGCACUUCCGCAAGAACCAUCCAGGCUGCACCCCACAGGAGGUGUCCCACAGUGCCUCGCCCGAGACCACCACGGUCACCUCCCGUGGAGGCCAAAACGAAGAUGAGUCGCCCUCACAGGAGGAUGCCGAGGGCAAUGGUGGAGGGGGAGGUGCCGGCUCGUCCUUCGGAGAAGGGGUCCAACCUUCGGUAUCCACCACUGGGCCCGACUGAAAGGCUUUGUAGGAAAACGUUACAAGUUUAGGGAGACACAGGACAGCGGGGUCCAGCAGGACCUUCUGUUGAGAGUUCCCUCUGUCCCUUGUCUCCCACCAUCCACACUGAAAUUGCAAGUUGGAAGGAGUUGAGUGAGCAGGAGUUUCUCUCAGCUGCUGUCAAUGAGGAACGGAUAAAAUAAGAGAGAGUCUUCUGCGUCCUACUUGGAUGGAGAACCUCUAUUUUUUUCCAGUGAUAACAAAGAUGCAAGGAACAAUUUGCUAAGAAUAGUAUUCUCUAGGGAUUUAUAAAUGGUAUUUCCGCUUUAAACCGCAUCUACCUUCACCAUACAAACUGAACAGGACAUCACUAUAUGAAGACAAGCCACAAUCCAACAACCUCACACACCACUGGAUGCAGUGAUUUUUGUUUUCUUUUUUUGUUUUUAGUCUUUCCUGUCUUUUAUAUGUUAAAUUUUUUUAUAUUUUUGUACUACUACAGACCUUUCAGGAUAAACUAAAAGAGAAGCUCUAGCUAUGAUUUGGUCUAAUUGCAUCGAAAUUGCCAAACUUCUCUGUGCCAGAAGAUGAGCUAUAAAAUGAGAGGACAUCGUAGUCCUUCGCUACUUUGCCUUGAGACAAUCUUGAUCAAUUAACCUGGGGCUAGACUUUGCACUCCCCAGCCAUGGCAAGCUUAGGAAAACAGGUUCAGUUUUUUAUUAGGGACCCUCAGGUCUGACCUAACAUCAGAUUCUUGAUUUAUUUUUUGUUUUGUGUUAAGUGCUGAUCCGGCCUGCCAUAGAACCGAAACGCAUUGCUCACAAUUAGCCUCAACGCAAGGAAAUUGUAGUUAUAGAACUUCGGGUUUAUAACAAGAAACAGUCACGUCAUAUUAUUUUACUUUUAAUGUUGGUGGAAAUACUGUGAUAUAGGCACGCUGGUGAAAAGACGAAGGUAGAGUAUAGCAGUGACAUAUGUAUUUAUUUCACAUUUAAUUCUCGUUAAGGCCUUCAUACAUCUCCGAACUCAACAACUCAGCUGCUGAAUGUUGGCGAUACAGUGAUAUAAAAUACAGGAAAUCUUUCAACCUCAGAUAAGCUACAAUAGACCGCUCAGUUACCUCUCUCUCACAUCACUACGCAAUACCGAUCUGUCGCACGCAGAUGUGUGGAUGCACUCAGCCGAAUUUUAUGUUCAGUGUUUAUUUCUUUUCAUACGUUUGAAGUCGCUCGUUGAGAUUCGCAAGUCUCACCAAAUUGUUUUACUGGUCUGCCGAUAUUUUGUUUGUAAGAAUGUGUUUGAGCAGGGGGAAAGGUGUCCCUGAGGACAUAACCUUCUUCCUUUUUUGUGUUAAGAACACGGACUUGGUCGUCGAUGCUGUUUUGGAAAACAGAAACCGUAUGUCUGUGAUGACUGGGAAAUGCCGAAAUGCCACGGAAUGACUUUGAGUGUAAGAUUUCCCUUCAUCUGAUGGAAGGCACUUUAACCUUGGGCCAUUGGCUUAUGAACAGAUGUUUCCAGCUGGUGCUAUGACGUGAAUUUACUGAAGCUUUCAGUAACCAAAGGAACUGAAAUGUAUUGUGGAAGAUCUUAAACCUUCUUCAAUCUUCAAAGGGCGAAGAGAAAGAAAAAAGAGAUUACAUCAGGCACUUAAAGAAUGGGAGAGGGUGUUUUUGUUUUGUUUUGUUUUUAGAAUAUUUGUAUAUCUAUAUACAUGUGCCACUUAUGCAUAUUUAGACAAAUUUAUACUUGUAAUAACUAUUCAGAGACAGUUUCUAGAACGAUCAACAAAAAGCAAAGGUGUUUUAAGCGAAAGUAAAGCUGUUAUCAUUUUUAUAAGGCUGUGAAUCACACUUGGUUGUGACUGAUUUUUUUAGGAAAGGGUUGAUGCAUAUAAAAAUCAGCUACUGAUGUUUCCAAUAGGGAUUUUGUGCACCUCACUUCAUAAACGCAGGUUAGAACUUACUUUUACCAUUUCUCACAUCUGUGAACACAGGUCAGCAGGUAAACACUUCUUAUAAAUAUCAGGAACUCACUGUUUACUUUUUGUGUUUACCUUUUUUGGUUUGUACCAAGCAGAUUUUCUUACUUGGAAUUCUAGCUCUGGGUAACUUGGCUCGACAUACAGUAUUUCACAAGUGCAGCAAAAAAAAGAAAUUUGACAUCCAUAUGAACAUUUCCUCUCAAUGUAAAUACCUAUGCUUCAGAAGCAGUUGCAGUGAAAUACAAUCCUGAAACUGUAUGUCACAUUUGUUGUACAGCGCAGAACCCAGGUAAAUAGACGAGCAUGUUGAUAUUGCUUUUAUUUGUCAAAAUGCAACCUCAUGAUAAUAGAGAAGGGCAAAUGAUUUUGUCUGUAAACAACAUAAUCAUAAUCUAAUAUGUUAUAAUAUAUCAAGAAAAGAUGUUUGUUUUAUGGACUUUGCCUUUAAGUUGAAAUUUAGAUUUGGGGCAUGGGCCUGUUUUGUGUAUGCCAAUCAUAUAAGGGUGAUAGUGACUUAAAUUAUCUCUAUGUGAAUGAAUUAAUUGCAAUUUAAUAACAAGGGAUCUAUAUCUGUAAUCAGUCAUUCCAGUUAUUGUACUCUGCACAUUUUAGCAGUCUAAAUUUAAUCCUAUUAAUUUGGGUUUUAGGGCUAAUGAUAACUUUCAGCAUGUUUUCCCUUUGUGCAUAUCUAUCGUUGACCCUCAAAACAUCGAUGGUUGACCAACCUGCCUGUUCUUUUUUAUUUUAAACAAUAUUAUUAAUUCAAAUAUUAUGUUUGGCUUUUGUAUUUGUUUUUAAGCUUUAAGUAACAUGGCGGAGGAUAAAUGUGUUGCUACGGUGUAUAUAUUAGGCUGUAAUAUUUAAUGUUUGUAUGACAAUACAUCUACUGCAGUUUAAUGGUAUUGACUGAACAAGUCAUUUCUAACCAAAUUAUGUUAACAUCUUAACAGUGUUACAGAAUGUGUAGUUUCAAACGGAACGGAACUACUUUUGAAGCAAUAUUUCACCCCAUUUCCAAUUCCAAAAUGUCUUUCAGAUAAAGUGGUGCAGAAUUAUAACACACCAUAAUGAACACAACAUCUUUUAAAAAGUUGUGAAACUGAUACCCAAUUGAUUUUCACAAGAAAAAUUUGUAUUCUGGAUUUGUAAAACAGUUAUACAUAUUGGCAAAUGUGAUAAAUUUGUUUCAGAGAUUACAUUUACCUCAUGUUUUUUUGUUUGUUUUUCAUGGUCUAGCUUGUGAAAAGUGAUACAGUGCAUGUCUCUACUUAGUAGUUUUUUUUUUUUUUGGGAAGACCGAAU